AUGCGUUAUUUGAAAUUUUGUUUAGCCGUCUUACCUCAUCAUGUUCGAAUUGAACAUUUAAAAGUCGAUACUCAUUCCGAUUUAGUGAUAGAUACUGUUCGUCCCCAUUUUUCUUGGAAAUUAACAAAUGAAAAAUCGCGUAGUUUACAUCAGAUUGCCUAUCAAUUGCAAAUAGAAUCUGUUCAUGAUAUUUCUUCAAAAUGGGAUAGUGGACGAAUAGAGUCCGAUCAAUCAAUUCAUGUUCCAUACAUGGGACCGCAGUUAAAAUCGAACACAAAAUAUGUAUAUCGUUUGAAGUAUUGGACAAAUACGGGCACUGAAAGUGAAUGGACACAGGGAACGUUUCGAACGACAAUAUUUAAUCCGACAAAAGAAUUAUUAAUGAAUGCGGAUAUCAGCUGGAUUGGCUCGACUGAUAUUAAUAUGAAUGAACUACGAAAAGAGUUUCAGUGUCCCGAUACAAGUCCAAUUCGAUCAGCAACAGCGUUUAUUUCUGGUAUUGGAUAUUAUGAGCUGUAUGUUAAUGGUGACAAUGUUGAUCCAAGUCGAAAAUUAGAUCCCGGAUGGACAACAUACGAAAAACGAACAUUAUUAGUUUCAUUUGAUUUGAAAAAUAUAAUCAAGGCAGGCGCUAAUGCCAUUGGUGUCAAACUUGGCAAUGGAUGGUAUAGUCAAGAACAAUACGUUCCACCUUCCGUACAAGAACCCGGUUAUGGUCCACCUCGGUUAUUGUUCGUAUUGCAUAUCAUAUUUGAAAAUUCGGAUGAAUUCGUGGUUUAUUCCGAUCAAACCUGGCAGGGUAGAGCGGGUUCAAUAUUUCAUGAUAGCGUUUACAAUGGCGAGAUGUACGAUAGUCGGAAUGAUCGAAUGGAUUGGACUAAACCUGGUUUUACUGACCCGUUAUCUGCCUGGAUCACCCCAAUGAUUUUACCUCCGCCUGUGAAUGUAACUGCGAAUGGUCAAAUAACAUUACAGCAAAUGGAUCCGAUUCGAGCUGGUCCCGAUGCCUUGCACAUUGAAACAGGAAAUACGGUAGAGGAGGCAAGAACAUUUGUUAGAGCAAAUGAGAUUGGAAAUAUCAAAGGGGCAUCGAUAGCGUUAUCAAAUGGCGUACUAAAACCAAUUUCAGUGGCAAAUCCAAGUCUGAAUACGUUAGUGUUUGAUAUUGGACAAAAUUUUGCUGGUUGGUGUCGAUUUAAGCUACGUGGUAGUCGAGGACUGGCAGUCUACUUCAGAUACGCUGAAAUAUUAGAACUGCCAACAACGGGAGAUAGUCAUGCAUAUGGAAAUAUCUAUGUGGACAAUUUAAGAGGAGCAACACAAUCAGAUAUGUAUGUUCUGAGAGGUGAUCCAAAUGGAGAAACUUAUGAGCCGAGCUUUACUGUUCAUGGUUUUCGUUAUGUUGCUGUCUAUGGUUCCCAGAACAACAUUCCCAUUGUGGAUGUCGAAUGUCCAGUUGUGCACAGCGAAACGACACUUAUGGGAAAUUUUACAUCUACGAAUCCAGUUAUCAAUCAAAUCCAACACAAUAUUCAGUGGGGUCAACUUAGCAACAUCAUGUCGUUACCCACUGACUGUCCACAACGAGAUGAACGAAAAGGCUGGAUGGGAGACGCAGCGUUGUCUGUUGACGAAGCGUUAUACAAUUUCGAUCUGAUUAAGUUUUAUGUAAAUUUUUUAAAUUUAAUAACUGAUGUCCAACGAGAUGAUGGUGCGGUGCCUGAUACAGUUCCAUUAACAUUCGGUAUUUAUCCAGCAGAUCCAAAUUGGGGUACAGCUUUACCUACUGUUACAUGGCAAGUUUAUCGUCAUUAUGGCGAUCUAUCUGUACUCACAACAUACUACCCGAAUGUACGUGCUUAUGUUGAAUAUGUUCGUACUGGCUAUAAAAGAACUGGUCUCGUCAAUCUUGAUCAACAUUAUGGCGAUUGGGUACCUCCUCCUCCCCAACCUCAAACAAAUCCUCAUCUCAUUGGAUCUUUUGCAUUUCUACAUGAUGUGGCUGUCCUGGUCAAUAUGUCACAACUAUUGAAUUAUACAGCAGAUAUAGAAGAAUAUACAACAUUGUAUAAACAACUAAGCGAUGAAUUUCAUUCAACAUUCUAUAAUUCUGCAGGCUAUUAUGCUGACGGAAUGCAGACAGCUGAUGUAUUAGCACUAACAUUACCUAAUGUUGUUCCAGCCGAUCUUCGUUCAAAAGUAUUUGAACAUCUUGUUACAGAUAUCAUAAAUCGAAAGAAACACUUCACUACAGGCAUCGUUGGAAUAGCUAAUCUGUUUCCUUUAUUGUCUGAUAAUGGUCAGCAUGAUCUUGCAUUAGAACUAAUAUCAGCCAUUGAUUAUCCAUCAUACGGUUAUGAAUUCAAUAAUCCAUAUGAAAAUGCAACAACACUUUGGGAAAUUUGGGAUGCACCGAUGGAAGGCCCUGGUAUGAACAGUCGAAAUCAUAUUAUGUAUGGAAGUGUUGGUAAGUGGUUUUAUUCUCAUCUGGCUGGUAUUGAUUUAAAUGGUUUAGAAACAAUUGAAAUACGUCCUCGGAUGAGUAGUGAAGCAAAGAAAGAUUUAUUAUUAAAACUUGACUGUGAACUGAGUACAAUCAAAGGUUCUGUUCACGUAUCAUGGUCACGGGAUGAACGAGACACAUUUGCAAAUUCAAUUUUAUUAUCAGUAACUCUUCCACCAAAUACAAAUGGUCGCAUUUCAUUUGAACCAUUGUUUGAAGGUGCUCAAUGCUCAGUAAUUACUGAAGGCGAAAAAGUUCUUUGGCAUCGUGGUAUGGAACAUAAACACGGUUUUGAUUUGGUUCUUGUUCAGUCGAACGAUGGUAAAAAUUCGAAAUUAUUUGCUGUCAAAAAUUCAAAUGAAUUAACUGAUGAACAAUAUAUUCAAUUAUAUCAUCGAGCUCAACAAUCAACGAAUGAUUAUAGUACAAUAUUAUCAACUACUUCAACUAUAACAAAGCCAUUUUUAAUCCCAUUAACACGUUUAAAGAAAAUAAACGGUAUAACAUUAAAAUGUAUAAAGUGUAAUCAAUUAUUUAUGAAUUUAAAUACACUCAAACGACAUAAAAUCAAAUCAUUGACAUGUAAUUAUCAAUCAGAAAUGAUAACAAAUGAUAAUAACUUCAUUCACUAUUGUACAAUCUGUCAAAUGUUAUGUACAACAAAAGCGAGUCUAAUGGUUCAUGAAAAUCGUCGACAUUUAUCUGUCAUUGAAAAUAAUAAUUAUAAUUGUUGGCUAUGUCAGACAAAAUGUUUAAAUUUUUAUACAUUAACAUUACACAUCAUGCAUCAUCAUACGGGUGAAAAACCAGAAAUAUGUUCUAUAUGUCGAAAACAAUUUGUAACAAAAUCGAGUUUAAGAAAACAUUGUACAACACAUUACGAAAUCACAGCAUUUGCCUGUCAUUUAUGUGGAAAACGUUAUCGUGAUUCAACUUAUUUUAAAAGAUAUAAACCAUUUCAAUGUAAUCAAUGCAAAAAAUCAUUUUAUCGAUCGGAUCAUUUGAAAAAACAUAAUUUAAUUCAUUUAAAUCAGUCUGUUCUUUGUGAAAUAUGUGGACGAGCGAUUGGAAAUCGAAAAUUAUUAAAACAGCACCGUCUAACUCAUUGUAAAAAUAAACAAUUUUAA